AUGCAGAAACGACAGUUUAAAUUGGUAGAGAACAGCAAAAAACAUGUACAAUGCCUGAAGAUUAAUCGUGUGCGCGGAAGCGGGAAUAUGCACGGCACAGCCUUUUUACUGUGCUUUUUGCUAUCGCUUUGCUCUGUGUUUUGCAUUACAAGAUCCACCAAUAUAAAUACAUAUGUAAAACUUGAAAAAUACACAAUGCAGGGGAGCGCGGAGGAUGGAAGCUACAUAUGCGAUUCACCGUAUGGGCUGAGCGGGCGGCCUGUUUUUGGCGGACAGAUAUUUUCGCAUAUUAUCAGCUGUGCUCUGAAGGAAACCGAGGGGUAUGAGGUUAUUUCUGGAGACUGCAUUUUCAAGGACAAAACAGACAAAGACUUCCCCAUCGUGUACAACAGCAGCGUGGAGGCUCUCGGGUCUACCAUUAAGCUGGUUCGGGUUGAGGUCCUCCAGGAGGUGGGCUCCGUCAAGAAAGUGAGGGCGGUGGGGUCUGUUCUUAUGCACAAAAAGAAGGCAGCUAUCAUACAGGAGGGGAAGAAGUACAUUGAAACCAUCUCAAAGGCCCAGAGCAGCCAGAUGCUAGAUUACUUUGAGGACGCUGCAACCGACCAAGAGAAACUCGGCAGGAUGAAGACCUCGGAGGAGUACUGGAAGGGCAUCCUAAAGGACGAGGCCGACUACAGAAAAUACAUAGACACUCUGCACAGAGUAUACUCCAAUAUAGACAUAUACAUGCUAUCCAACAAAAAAAACAACUUCUCCCGGUGCAUUGGAUACCAACUGCACAGAAAGCAGGAGAGCGUGGGGCCAGAGCCUGAGCAGACGGUUGCCCGGACCUGGACAAUACUGGGGUUUAUAUCAGACGAGUACAUACUGGAAACAGCACUCAUGCCAGAGGGGCUCUGCAUAGUGAACAGCAAGUACAACAUUCUGACGCUCACACACUCCGUCAAGUUCAACGACUGCGAAAGGUUUGACCUAAACAGGCCGUUUUUCUACGACGUAAAAAUCGACAGCAUACACAACAACAUAGCGACAUGCACGGGAAGAAUCAUACAGGACCAAAUAGUCUAUGCGAAUGUCUGCCAAACCGGAAAGAUAUUUGCAUUGCAAAAGGCGAGAGAAGAAGACUCCAGCAGACUUAAAUAA